AUGGAGAUGGAGGGUACCCUGGGCGCUCCGGCCAACGCCACCAACACCACCGCCACCCCAGGAUCGGCCUUCGGCGUGGAGCUGCUGGCGGAGCGGCUGGCCGUGGUGGCUCUGCUGGCGCUGGUGACGCUGCUGACGGCCAUGAUGAACGGCGCUGUCAUCGCAGCCAUCUGCACCACCAGGAAGCUCCACCUCCCUGCAAACUACCUCAUCUGCUCCCUGGCCGCCACUGAUUUCCUGGUGGCCGUGCUGGUGAUGCCCAUCAGCAUCCUCUACAUCACCACGGAGACCUGGCUGCUGGGGCCAUUCGUGUGCGAGGCGUGGCUGAGCAUCGACAUGACCUGCUGCACCUGCUCCAUCCUGCACCUGUGCGUGAUCGCGCUUGACCGCUACUGGGCCAUCACUAAAGCCAUCGAGUACGCCCGCAAGAGGACGGCCCGGCGCGCCGGCAUCAUGGUGGCCAUUGUCUGGCUCAUCUCCAUCUUCAUCUCCAUUCCGCCUCUGUUCUGGAGGCAGCGUGGGGACGGGACAGGCCCGCAGCAGUGCAUCAUCGAGCACGACCACGUGGGCUACACCAUCUAUUCCACAUUCGGUGCUUUCUACAUCCCCAUGACUCUCAUCCUCAUCCUGUACUCCCGGAUUUACAGCGCCGCCAAGACGCUGUACCAGAAGCGCGGCUCCUCACGCCACUUCAGCAGAAUGCAAUCUCCCGUACUGUGCUUUGCUUUGUUUUGA